GUGUGUUUUUCCUGUUUUAACUCGUCGGCUAGGAUGAUAAUUUUUCUUGCAUUCGGCGGGCAAUGUUAACGAAGGCAGCGACGGAUUAAUUUAUGCGAGCUCAGUUAAACACCCUAGAAAGUAUUUCGAUCGAGUAAAUAGAAUUGAGAAGACAGUUGAUAUAUUUUAUAAAGAUGUUCUGUGUUAUUCAAGCACAGCUAAAAUUUUUGCUGAUUUCUGUAUGUAUUCUGUUAGUAUAUGCCAAUCAAACAGAUGUAUGUGAAGCAAUCUGCAAAUGUUCGAAACAUAGUACUAUAAAUUGUACUAAUCAGAACUUGACUUCGAUUCCUCAAGCAAUUCCGGCAGAUGUCGUAACUUUACUCCUGGAAGGAAAUAAAAUUGCAAAUAUUGAAAAUGGUUCCUUGGAAGGACUCGACACAUUAAAGACUUUAUUCCUGGGAAAUAAUAUGAUUACAAAUAUUGAAGAUGGUUCCUGGAAAGGACUCAGCAAGUUACAGAAUUUAUACCUGGAAGAUAAUAAAAUCAACAAUAUAGACAGAGCUUUCAAAGGCUUGGACAAUUUACAUAUCUUAGAACUGAGAAACAAUAAAAUUACAACCAUUGAUGAACGGUCCUUCCAGUUCCUUUCCAAUUUAAAAGAAAUAUAUUUGGACAGUAAUAACAUCACAUAUAUUGAAAAAGAAGCUUUCAAAGGCCUUUACAAUUUAAAGGAGCUGCGUCUCCCAUCAAAUCAUAUUGUAACUAUUGAUGAAAGUUGGUUCCAGGACCUUACUAAUUUAACAAGCUUACACCUUGCUUACAAUGAAAUAAGGAAUAUUGAAAACGGUAGCUUCAAAAACCUUGACCAAUUAGAGAAGCUAGGCCUCGAAGGCAAUGGAAUCACGAACAUCGGAAACGGUUUUUGGCAACACCUUCAGAAUUUAAAGACAUUAAACCUUGCUUAUAAUGAAAUAUCGAACAUUGAAGAAGGUGAAUUCGAAAACCUUGACAGUUUAGAGAAGCUAGACCUGAGCAAAAACAGAAUUAAGAAAAUCGGAGAUGAUUCUUGGCAACACCUUCAGAAUUUAAAGAAAUUAAUCCUUUCUAGGAAUCAAAUAUCGAAUAUUGAAGAAAGUAGCUUCAAAAACCUCGUCAAUUUGGAGGAACUAGACCUGAGCAAAAACAGAAUUAAGAAAAUCGGAGAUGAUUCUUGGCAACACCUUCAGAAUUUAAGAGAAUUAAUCCUUUCUAGGAAUCAAAUAUCGAAUAUUGAAGAAAGUAGCUUCAAAAACCUCGUCAAUUUGGAGGAACUAGACCUGAGCGAAAACAGAAUUAAGAAAAUCGGAGAUGAUUCUUGGCAACACCUUCAGAAUUUAACGAAAUUAAUCCUUUCUAGGAAUCAAAUAUCGAAUAUUGAAGAAAGUAGCUUCAAAAACCUCGUCAAUUUGGAGGAACUAGACCUGAGCGAAAACAGAAUUAAGAAAAUCGGAGAUGAUUCUUGGCAACACCUUCAGAAUUUAAAGAAAUUAACCCUUUCUAUGAAUCAAAUAUCGAAUAUUGGAGAAAGUAGCUUCAAAAACCUCGUCAAUUUGGAGGAACUAAAUUUGAAGAACAACGAAAUCAAAGAAUAUCAAGAUGGCGCAUUUUCAUUUCUUUCAAGCAUAACUAAAAUUGACUUGAGCGGCAAUAAAGACAUGGUCUGUGGAUGUCAUUUACCAGAACUUAUCGAGCAUAUAAGUGAAACUGACAACAGGAGUGUGACUGUCUUGGGCGACUGUAUAGGGGCUGGCACCACCCCAAUCAAGUUUACCCAUACACAGAAACCUUCUCACUGUAUUACUCAAACGAUUAAUUAUGAGAGCAUACACUGCCACGUAUGUUCAAAGAUCAACUGCACAAAUCCGAUGAACUGCCAAGGUUCAAAGGCUGCAUGUAUGACCACAAUAACAAAGCAUGAUGAACCCAUGGUUGAAAAAAAUUGUAGCACAGAGGAAAAUUGCGUUGAAGCUGAGAGAAGGAAUGUGUCGAAUUGCAAUAAUUGGACUUCUGGCAAUUCUUGUGUUACUUGUUGCCACAAAGAUUUAUGUAACCAGAAGGUUUUCAGAGACUGGACCAGUUUUCAAUUAUAUUUGCUUUACAAGAGGCAAGGCAACAAAAAUGAAAACCUUGAAACCAUAUCUAAAGAAUUGGAGAAGAACUUUUCAAAUAUGCCAGGUAUCUACACAGUCAAGAAUUGUGGUGCGCAGAGCAAGACUGAAGUAUUUAUCAUUCACUGCCAUGUUCCUAAGAAUGUUACAAAAGAACAAGUUAAAGAGAAGGCUCGUGUUAUUUUGCGAUCAAAAGCACUACGUAGUUUGGGCUUUGGGCCAGAUAGCGAAUUAAGUGAUAAAAAGUUUUGCGAUGAAGACAUAACAAAACACAAUGGCACGUUUCAGUGGCCAGUGACAAAAAUAGGAGAUACCGUGAGCAUCCCGUGUCUUGCACAUAUAGCAACAAGAAGCUGUGUUCAGGGAAACGCGGCUACCACGUGUCCUAAGUUGCCCAAACAAUCACCUUUUACUGGUGUCUGGAAAGAAGCAGACAUGUCUCAAUGUAAUAAUACUAAAUGGAUCAAUCCAGAACUCAAGAAAAUGAAAGACCGUCGUAUCAAAAAUUGUCAUAUUGAAGAUUUAUCCAAACAACUGUUAAAUAUUUCCCAGAAAUCAGUUUAUUUCAAAAAAAUCGAUGUUGUCCUGGCUGUAGCUAUUUAUGAGAAGAUAAUGCUAUGUAUACCGAAUGCAACAAAAGAAGAUUUACUUCGUAUCAUCAACAAUAUCAUAAACACACCAGAGAAGAUUUUGAUUGAAGCAGAAAAAUCCAACAGAAGUGUCAGCAGAAUACUGGAUAUUAUUGGAAACGUGUCAGAAAAACUUCAAGUAGAGGAGAAGCAGUUCAAAGCCUUAUAUUCCAAACUUGGCAUUGGUAUUACCAAAGAGAAUAAGAAUACUUUCCAAGGUCUUUUCUAUGGUAUUUUACCGGCAACCAAUAAAACUAAAGCAAAAAAUGUGAUAUAUCAUUUUUCAUACCCAAAUGAUGCAGAAAGCAUAAAAAUGAUGGACUACAUUUCAAUACCGAAGACUUUAUCAAAACAUCUGAAAACCAGCAAUCGGAUUUCGUUUUAUUCCAUGAAUAAUGAUAAACUAUAUAGGGUUAUACAAAGAUCUGAUGACAGAAAAGAUAGUAAACCCGAAAGCUUUAUUAACAGUCGAAUUAUAGCUGCAAAUAUUCCUAAACAGCGCAUAUCCAACCUUGAAAACCCAAUAAAUAUCUCCUUCAAUUUAUUAUAUAAGAAUGGUAGCAACUCACGGUGUGUUUUCUGGGAUGACACCUCGGGACAUGUUCCUCAUUGGUCAACAAGUGGUUGCAAAACUGAACGUAAAGAAAAAGUUUAUUGUUCCUGUAACCAUCUUACAAGUUUUGCAAUACUAACGGAUGUCGACCAGAAUGCCAAGUUAUAUAUUAUAUGCUAUAUUGGUUGUGGAAUAUCACUUGUCUUCCUCAUCCUAACAAUAAUAGUUCAUGCUGGUUUCAAAAAUCUAUGGAAAAUAAUUCCUUCAAAGAUUCUUAUAAAUUUAUGCGGUUCUUUAGCUAUAACUCAUCUUAUCGUUCUUGUUGGGAUGCGGCCAGGAAAAUCCAAUGUUAUUUGUAAGGCAAUGGCUAUUCUGCUACACUAUUUCCUUAUUGCGUCCGCCAUGUGGAUAACUGUAGAAGCUCUACAUAUUUGCCAAGCUUUGAUUGCUACAUUUAGAGCAUGCCAGAGAUCAUUUGUGAUGAAGAGUUCAAUUUCCGCUUGGGGGGUUCCAGGCAUCAUUGUCAUGCUUACUCUGAUAAUCAAAAAAACAAACAACUACAUCAGAAUAACUGCAAUCUGCUGGUUAUCCGAGAUACCUUUUUCCGUUGCUUUCCUGAUUCCCAUGGGACUUAUUUUUCUCAUUAGUCUCAUCCUAUUUCUUCUCAUUAUCGGACGCCUUUUCUCAAUGAAAAAGGAGAAGCAAUGUGAACACAAAACAAGAAAAUUUCGUUUUUUUGGUAUCGUUAAUGUGUUUUUCCUGUUUGGUGCUUCGUGGGCUUUAGCAUACUAUAUCUUUUUUGGUGGAGCGGCCACCGUGUUUAUAUAUAUCUGUGCAAUCUCCCAUGCAUUUCAAGGACUGUUUAUUUUCAUAUACUAUUGCGUGUGUGAUAAAAAUGCUCGAAAUGUUAUCUGCUCGAAUUCAUGUAAUAAAAAGAAAUAUGUAUUGAAUAAAAAUUCCCAGAACAACUCAGGUGAAAAUCCUGAUAAUGAAACAGAAGGUGUGAAAUAUAGCAAUUCAGAAGAUAAAACAGCUGAAGUAAAGUUAUAAAAGAAUAUUUU